AUGAAUAAUAGUUCAGAUGUUUUUCAUAUUGAUUUACCGGAUGCGCCUAAUCAAGAAGAAAAUAGAAGUGAUACUGAGGAACCAAUUACUAAUGCAAGAGUUCCUGAGGAAUUCUUAUCAAUGGGCCCUCUUUCCGUCGAAGAAAUGAGUGAAUAUAUUGAACGUGUCGAAAUUUGUGAAGACACGGUGAAUCCUGGACAACCUAAAGUUCGCCCACAGGAUUUCAACCUACUUAAGGUUCUGGGAAAGGGUGGUUACGGAAAAGUAUUUCUUGCCCAAAAAAUCACUGGUGUUGAUUGUGGACAAAUAUUUGCAAUGAAAGUUCUUAAGAAGGCCUCUAUCGUAACUAACGCCAAAGAUACUGCACAUACGAAGACCGAGAGGAAUAUUCUCGAAUUGAUCAAACACCCUUUUCUAGUCCAACUUCAUUAUGCUUUUCAGACUCCAGGCAAACUCUAUCUCGUUUUAGAGUUUUUAGCCGGUGGUGAACUCUUUACCCAACUUGAGAAGGAGGGUGUUUUCCUUGAAGAGCAAGCUAUCUUCUACUUAUCAGAGAUAAUUUUGGCAAUAGGUCAUCUUCACAGCAUGGGUAUUGUAUAUAGAGACUUAAAACCGGAAAACAUUCUUCUUGAUACCGAGGGUCAUGUCAAGUUGACGGAUUUCGGGCUUUCAAAGGAACGGGUUGAUCACGAUCUUACGCAUACGUUCUGUGGAACUAUCGAAUAUAUGGCUCCGGAAAUCUUGCUUCGCCAAGGCCACGGCAAGUCAGUCGACUGGUGGAGUCUUGGGACUCUUAUGUAUGACAUGUUAUCAGGAGGGCCUCCAUUUGUCGGAGAGGAUCGAAAGAAGACAAUGGAGAAGGUUAUUCGCGGAAGAUUUCAGAUUGCCCCUUACCUUAGUGCAGAAGCCAAGGACUUGCUUAGAAAAUUAUUAAAAAAGAACGUUAGUGAACGUUUGGGUUCUGGACCAACAGAUGCAGAAGAGAUAAAAAAACAUCUCUUUUUUGCGUCGAUUAGUUGGGAUCAGGUGUAUGCACGUCAAUUGGAACCCCCAUUCAAGCCUAGUCUCACUUCAGAGACAGAUGUCUCACGUUUCGAUCCCCUCUUCACCAGCGAGAAUCCCGUUGAAUCUCCAGAUGACGGUGUUCCUAUUUCAGCUUCAAAUUUGGACGUAUUUGAUGGUUUCACUUAUGUUGAUCCCCAAGUCCACAUCUCCAUGGUGAGAGAUCCUUGGGGUUUUGAUGGCUCCUCGAACCUACGGAGACGAAGACGUUCAGGAAUUUCCUCUGGAAGUUCUCCCGCCUAUACUGGAAAUCAGAUGGUUCCAACAAUUCAUGGUAUCCCUGCACCAAAUUUCAGUGGAAGUUUAAAUCCAGUUGGUGUAGUGGAUCCUGGCCAACCCUUCGUUUUCGCAGAGGACUUUGUUGACAUGGAAUUAGACACAUCUGGAAGUAACAUGGAUCCAGCACAACCAAAUCCAUUCUCCUCCCAACCCAUACCUACCAACCCUCAUCGAACGUCCUUUUUUGGGGGUCCCAGUCGGCCUAUUCCCGAACACCCACGGCCUCUUAGUCCCCGAAGGUCAAAUCUAUCACCUAAUUAUCGCCAGAAUUGA